UGGUGUGUGCUAUAAAACCUCAUCUGCACACAUAAACAGCUAAAAGAUUGCUGAGCGAAGUUUGUGAACCUGAGGAAGCUGCAAGCUGCAGGCGAAGCACGUUGUUCGUUUGAAAUAACGUCACAACUACACCAGAGAUGUUGCAAGGAAAAAGUUGGAUCCAAGAUUGCGUCCUGCUUGUGCUGGUCAUGUUAUGCAGUCAAACUGCUCACUGCCAAGAUCAACACAGAGGUUCUACACACCUGGAAGACCUGAGACUCAUUCUGGUUGGAAAAACUGGAGCAGGAAAGAGUGCUUCUGGAAACACCAUCCUGGACCGGGAAGAUGCCUUUAAAGCGAGCAUGUCACCUGAGUCUGUGACUAAAGGCUGUAAUAGAGAAGAAGUACACGAUUAUGACAGGGAUAUUGUUGUCAUUGACACCCCAGGGCUGUUUGACACAAACUACACACAAGCAGAUCUGAAAGUAAAAAUUGAGGAGUGUAUUAAUCAGUCAGUUCCCGGACCUCAUGCCUUUCUGCUAGUGAUCAGUCUGAAGUCAAGAUUCACAGAUGAGGAGAAGGCAGCUGUGAAGUGGAUCCAGGAUAAUUUUGGCACAGAUGCUUCUCUAUAUACCAUUGUCCUAUUCACACAUGCUGACUUGCUAGAUGGGAAAUCUGUGGAAGACUUCAUAGAAGAGAGCAAUGAUCUACGCAGAUUGAUCAACCAGUGCGGGGGGAGAUACUAUUCGCUGGUCAAUGACAAGAGGCGGAGCACAAUGCAGGUCCAAAACCUUCUAAAGAUGAUAGACAAAAUGGUGAAGCUUAAUGGAGGAAAACACUACACCAAUGAGAUGUACCAGGAAGCCCAGAAAAAACUUAAAGAGGAGAUGAAAAAGAAGAAGAAGGAGAAAGAACAAAUGUGGAAGGAAGAGGAAGAGAGGAUCAGAGAGGAGGAGAAAAUUAUUGCUCGUUGUAAAAUGAUGGCUCUUGCUUCUGUAGCAGUUUUUGGCACAGGAGCAUACUAUGCCUCUUAUGCUCUCAUGACUGCGGGUGCAGCUCUUGGAGUCACUCAAGGUUUUAAUUGCACUAUGGAUAUGUUUUUUAUGUCAACAAUACCACUACGAGAAAAGAAGCAGAGAACUCUACCUCGGUCUGAUGGGUGUGGUCUGAAUAACUUUGACGCUCUGGAUUUGUCUGGAGGGCUAAGAAUAGUCCUGGUGGGCAAGACCGGUUCAGGGAAGAGUGCAACAGGAAACACCAUCCUUGGUAGGGCUGCCUUCAAAGAAGACCCGAGCCCUGUGUCUGUCACCAAACACUGUGAGACACAGAGUGGGGAGGUGGACGGGACUGUAGUCCAGGUCAUUGACACUCCAGGUCUGUUUGAUACAGGCAUCACAGAGGAAGAGUUAAAAACAAGAAUAGAGGAGUGCGUCAAGAUGUCGGUGCCCGGCCCUCAUGCCUUCCUCCUGGUGAUCAGGCUUGGGGUAAGGUUCACAGAGGAGGAGAGAAAUGCUGUGAAGUGGAUCCAGGAUAACUUUGGAGACGAUGCCUCCAUGUACACGAUCAUGUUGUUUACGUGUAAGGAUCAGGCUAAAGCUGACAAUGCUCUGAAGGAGUGCAAGGAGUUGAGGAGACUCUCAAUUACAUUUGGACGCAGAUACCAUGCCUUCAACAACAAUGAUGCAGAUGACCGCAUGCAGGUCAAAGAACUGGUCACCAUGGUCAAGGAAAUGGUACAUGAUAAUGGAGGGAAACACUACACAAAUGAGAUGUAUGAGAAAGCUCAGAGAAAGCUGAGAGAAGAGGAGGAGCUGAAGAAACAAGAGGAGGAAAAGCAGAAAGAGGAGGAGAAGAAAAUGUGGGAUGAAGAGAGGGAGAAGAUGGAGAAAGAGAGAGAAAAGAAGAAAAAGGCCAAACGAAAGAACAUACGUGUAGCCUCCGCUGCUGCUGUGGUGUUGGUAUUAGCUGGGGUGGUUAUAGCAGUGGGAGCUGACACCACAGUGGCUCUGGCUCUAGGAGCUCCUGCACUUGUCCUGGGAGUGUUAUGUGGCUUAGCUGCCAUUUGUUUAUGGAAAGGAAUGACAUGUAAACCUAAAGCAAAUGUUCCAGUAUAACUAGGCAAUGUCAUGUGACAAGGACAUGUUGAUCCACCUGCAGUAUGUGACGCUGAAUAUAGAAAUCUUACAAAAACAGCACAUAUUACUUUUUACUGUUAGAACUAAUCAAUUGAUCUUAUGUUGUGCUCACCUUUUCUGCCUUCUGCUUUUGAAACAUUUUGUACAACAUUGUAGUAACAGGAGUAUGUGGAUUUAAAGUGGAAAUAGACAACUUCUUUGCUUUAACUUGUCAUUAUGAAGGAAAUGUUGAUUACACAAUGUAAUGGCUAUAGAAUAAUGGCAUCAUUAGCCUUUUGAUUGAAUACCUAUAAGCCUUGCUUUCACUAUGCAAUUCUAUCUGCUACCAGGUUAGAUAUCCCAGGAAAAUGAAGGGCCUAUUUACAGCACAAGGAAGUGCGUCAACCACUUCACAACCAGAAGAGGAACACUUCUGCAAUUUUGUUUUUUCCCUGGUAGCUAUUAGUAGCUAUAUCUCAUAAUAAUUUGUUUGGUGGCCAACCUCUUUCUAUUGUCUUAUUGCUAUAUGAUAAAUUUGUAAUAUUGCACAGACAAAUCUCAUUACACACUACUUUUAUGUGUGUAAGUUAUGUGCAUGCUGCAUUUUAGUUGCAUUGAGUAUGCUACCUGAAUAAAUGUGUGUGACAAAAAUACAACUUGAAAAUGCUGAGGGGGAGUUGUCUGUUUCCACUUUAAUGCGGACAGUUAACAAACGGUAUGAAAUGCAAAACUUGUUUUCUUUUUUUUUCUUUUUUUUUGGUGUAAGUCUUUGUUAUGUAUAAAAC